AUGGUCCAGCUGGCCAACCCGCGUGCAAGUGCCGCGGUGGGCCGCGGGGCGCGCGGGAGCUGUCUGGCUGCGACCUUUGGCAGGUCGGAAGCCGCCACCGCCCCAGCCCUGGAGCAGGGCCUCGCGGAGAGCAGCAACAUCGUCUCGGUGCCCAAUGGAAUGGACCUGGCGCUCAGCGAGGGCCAGCGCAGGAAGCUGGAGCUGCAGGCGCAGGCGGCGGCUGCGCUAGCGGCGGAGAACUCGUGGUGGCAGGACACUGCUGACUCACCGCCCAACCUGGUCACCGCCCACACGCCAGCCGACUACAAGCGGCUGAUCGUGGAGGCGCCGCCCAGCCAGCUGGUGGUGGUAGACUACCUCAAGCCCUCCUGCAUGGGCUGCCGCCGCAUCUUCCCCAAGCUGAAGCAGCUGGCGGCCAGCAACCCCGACGCCCUCUUCAUCAAGGUCAACGUGGAGAGUGAGGAGAUGCGGGAGCUGGGCCAGGGCAUGCAGGUCACGCACCUGCCCUGGUUCCACCUGUUCCGCGGCGGCGACCUGGUGGCCUCCUUGACCGCCAACCUGGCCACCGUCAGCCAGCUGCGCGCCGAGAUCGCCACCAACAAGCCCUGCUGCGACCCGGGCUGCUCCGUGUACUGA